AUGAAUAUUCCUUCCAAUCUAUAAUUUUAUAUCACUUUCUUUUAGCUUUUGCCAGAAGGAAUUAUUCUUUUAGGGCCCAGUUCUUAAAAAUUACAUAUAAUUAAUAAAUAAGCGGAAAAUCUAAUAGGACUAAAAGGAAGUUUAGCAAUUGAAAAAUUACUUCUUUUGAAAAACAAUAUGACUAAACUUAAUGAAUAGGAAACUAUUGGAGUUAAUAAUAAUAUGCCUUUAGCACUAAAAAUGAAAAAUAUUAUUUAAUAACAAGAUUUAAAUUUUAAUAAAAAAAAAGAAGAAAUAUCACCAUAGAUGUAAAUUUAAUUAAAUAAGUAAUACUAAUAGACUAAUCCUUAUAAUUAAAAUGCUUUUUAAAUAAGAAAAAAAUAUACUUCUGAUUAAAAUAAUGAUGUCAGUUAAAAUUUAGAGUAUUAAAAAAAAUAUUUUGAAGUAACAUGUGUUCCUAGUGUUAUAGAAAAAAAAGCUUGUGUAUUAUUUUUAAUAAGAGAUGUUACUCAUUUUAAUUAAAUAAAAUUAUUAAAAUUAAUAAAUAAAAAUAAGUCAUAAAUGUUAUCAUAAGUUUCGCAUGAAUUUCGAACUCCUUUAAAUUGCAUAAUUUCAAUGAUUGAAAUGGUUUGUAUGUAAUUAAAUGAAAAAAUAGAUCUAUUAUAAUAUUUAAAACCUGCCUUAACUAGCGCUAAAUAAUUGAAUUUUAUGGUUAAUGAUAUUUUAGAUAUUGCAUAGGUUAAUGUCGGUAAGUUCUCGUUAAAUAUAGAGUAGUUUAAUUUAAAAGAGUUAAUUUUUUAAUUAUUAGAUUUAUUAAAAAUAUAGGCUGAUUAAAAAAAUAUUUUGUUAAAGGUAAUUUAUGAUAGUAUUUUACCAGUUAUAAUUGCUUCAGAUCCAAAUAGAUUAAGAUAAAUAAUAACUAAUUUAAUAUCUAAUGCAUUAAAAUUUACAAAAAAAGGAGGAUAAAUAAGUAUAAAAAUAAAAUUAUAUGAAGAAAAUUAAUUUUUGGUGUCUAUAAAAGAUACAGGAAUCGGAAUUUCAUAGGAAGAUUAAAAAUUACUAUUUAAAAAAUUUGGAAAAAUAAAUGGGAAAAAUUAAAAUAAAUUAAAUCCUAUGGGAGUAGGAUUAGGAUUAAUUAUUUCUAAUACAUUGGCUUAAAAAUUAGGAAAUGGGGAAGGUUUAUAAAUUAAAAGUGUACUAGGAAAAGGAACAAAAUUUUUUUUUAUUUUAUUAAAUUAAAGUGAUUAAUUAAGAAGUUCAAGAAAUUCAAUAACUCUUUAAAAUAACUAUUAUUAAAAUAAUAAUAAUAAUGUAUAUAAUUUAUUUAGGAUUUUGAUUGUAGAUGAUAUUUUUUUGAAUAUAACUGUAUUAAAAAUGAAAAUAGAAAAACUUAUUUAAAAUGUCGAAAUUUAGAGUGUAUGUGAUGCUGAAGAAGCUCUUUUUUUAAUUAAGAGUCUUUUCACUAAUAAUAGCUAUAAUAGGUAGAAUAUUUACGAUAUAAUUUUUUUGGACUUAUGUAUGCCUAUAGUUGAUGGAUAUUGUUUGUUUUAAUAAAUUAAAGAUUUUAUUUCUUAAAAAGAUAUUAGUUUGAAAUUAAAAGUAGUAGCAUGUUCAGGGUAUUCGGAUAAUGAAGAAAGAGUCAAGUGUUUGGAUUUGGGGAUGGUUGAUUAUAUUGUAAAACCUAUAGAAUAAGUUAAAUUAAAAUAAGUUUUAUAAGAUUAACUUAAUAUUUUUUUGUGA